AUGUUAGGGCUCACCGUUAUAUUCUCAUUUGCCUUUGCAGCAAUUUUAGCAGGGCCCCUUCCCAGCAAACAGUUCACCCAAUUCGAAAACAUCAUACAACACAACAGUGCAAGUCCCAAUCUAAUUCAUCGGAUCAUACCAGCCCAAAAAUCAAUGCAGGACAAUCACCUAAAGAAGCUUGUCAACGAAGUUCAUGCCUAUCCCGAGUACGAAUUCGCUUACGGUGCUCGGGAUCCAAAAACAGGCGACCACAAGGACCAGUGGGAGAAACGUGUCGGAGAUCAUGUCCAGGGGAUUUACGUGCUGGAGGAAGCUGACGGAACGAAACGGAUCGUCGAGUAUGAAUCGGACGACAAGCAGGGUUUUAGGGCCAAAGUAACGAACGUUGGCCCAAAGCACCCGGAGGGAAGCAUCAAAGCCAAGUCUGAUCGCGUUGGAGUUGCAACCAGUUAUAACAUGCUCACUAAGGCCAAUUAG